AGCGGCGGAGCGGAGCGGAUACAGAGACGCGCAGUCCUCAUCAGCAAAAUGAGGAGGAAUUAACGCGCCGACUGUCUCCCGUGUGUUUCCCACCGCGAUGCACGCCGUGGAUGUUUAAAGCCUCCUCGCCUGCUGUAGACCAGCGCGGACAUCUGACUUUAUCCCAUCAAUGAGAUAUGUGGAGUGGCUCUACCGCUCGGUGGUAACGCAGAAAAACACAAGAUGAAGAAGCAGUUCAACCGAAUGAGACAGCUCGCCAACCAAACAGUGGGCAGGGGGGAUGUGGAGGAGAAAGCUGCAGAUUUCUCGCAAGACUAAGAGGUCGAGCAGAAAAAGCAUUGUUGUGGCUGAAAAAACAGAAGUGCUGAGUGAAGAUCUGCUGCAGGUGGAGAAACGUCUGGAGCUGGUGAAGCAGGUUUCCCACAGCACACACAAGAAGCUGACCGCCUGUCUGCAGGGCCAGCAGGGCGUGGACGUGGACAAGAAGUCUGUCAGGUCGCCCUCGAAAAAGCUUCCGCUUGCAACGCUAGCACAAUGUAUGGUGGAGGGGGCAGCUGUGCUCGGGGACGAGUCUCUGCUAGGAAAGAUGCUGAAGCUCUGCGGCGACACGCAGGAAAAGCUCGCUCAGGAGCUCAUCCUGUUCGAGCUCACCAUUGAGAGGGACGUGACCGAACCCUUGUACGAGCUCGCAGAGGUGGAAAUCCCAAAUAUCCAGAAACAAAGGAAACAUUUAGCGAAGCUGGUCCUGGACAUGGAUUCUGCACGCACACGGUACUCUCAGUCUACCAAAUCUUCGGGACUGUCCAGCAACCUGCAGCCAACAGGAGCCAAGGCCGACCACCUCAGGGAAGAGAUGGAGGAGGCAGCCAACCGCAUGGAGAUCUGUCGAGAUCAGUUAUCAGCAGACAUGUACAGUUUUGUGGCCAAAGAAAUUGACUAUGCAAGCUACUUCCAGACACUGAUAGAAGUCCAGGCAGAGUACCACAGGAAGUCAUUAGAGCUGCUUCAGAGUGUUCUGCCUCAGAUCAAAGCUCAUCAGGAGACCUGGGUGGAGAAACCGUGUUACGGGAAGCCAUUAGAGGAGCACUUAGCGCUCAGCGGGAGAGAUAUUGCCUUUCCCAUCGAGGCCUGUGUGACCAUGCUGCUGGAGUGUGGCAUGCAGGAGGAGGGUUUGUUCAGAAUCGCUCCCUCGGCCUCCAAACUCAAAAAGCUGAAGGCGUCUCUGGACUGCGGGGUUUUAGACGUUCAAGAAUACUCCGCAGACCCACACGCCAUCGCAGGUGCUUUGAAGUCUUACCUGCGCGAGCUCCCUGAACCAUUAAUGACCUUUGAACUCUACAAUGACUGGAUCCAAGCCUCAAACAUUCAAGAUCAAGACAAGCGCCUGCAGGCUCUGUUCAAUGCCUGUGAGAAACUCCCUUCAGCCAACAACACCAACUUUAAGUAUUUAAUCAAAUUCCUGUCCAAACUGACUGACUACCAGGAUGUGAACAAGAUGACGCCUGGAAACAUUGCUAUUGUCCUUGGACCCAACCUGCUGUGGACUCAGAAUGACGGGAACAUCACGGAGAUGAUGACGACAGUUUCCCUACAGAUCGUCGGCAUCAUCGAGCCCAUCAUCCAGCACGCCGACUGGUUCUUCCCAGGAGAGAUCGAGUUCAAUGUCACAGGAAACUACGGCAGCCCCGUCCACACCAACCACAACGCCAACUACAGCUCGAUGCCGUCUCCAGAUAUGGAUCAGAUGGAUCGCAAGCAGAACGACCAGAGCCGGCGGCCGCUCAGCGUCGCCACAGACAACAUGAUGCUGGAGUUUUAUAAGAAGGACGGCAUUAGGAAGAUACAAAGCAUGGGUGUCAGGGUGAUGGACACUUCUUGGGUGUCGCGCAGGGGAUCGUCGUCUACGCGUAAAUCCUUGUCCACGCCACCGAGCGUGCACCCCCCCACCCCACCCAUUGACGCGCUCAUCCCCGAGCAGCCUGGGGAAUUCUCAGCCUCCCCCUCCCCCACCCCUCCUCCCACUAGCAGCGACCGAGCCAGUCCGAGCAUCAUUAGCAGCAUAACGGUCCAUUGUCGCAGGAGCCUGCAAUGGAUGAGUUCAGACGAUGCAUCCUCCAAUUGGUCGGACUCCUGUUACGCCUACCCCUCCCCAGAGGAGGAGAGGCCGCCUCCCCCUUACCCCUCUUCCUCUUCUUCCUCCUCUUCCUCCUCCUCUUGCUCUUCCUACUCGCUCCCUCACCGCCAUUUCCGCACCCGAACACCUCCGGGUAUGCGUCCCGUUGCCCCCAGCCCCGAAUCCGUACCCCCUGGCCCGUCCCCUCCACCCCGCCGCACUGGGUACAGCUCGCCCCCGCUCCCUCACUCCCUGUGCCCGUCCCCUCAGCAGCUUGACGUCAACUCCAACCCCAAACCUAACUCCCUGCAUCUGCCCAAACCGGCCUCCCCGUCUAUUGCUCCACAUGGGCCCCCGUCCGAAACGAAUGGCUCCUCCCUUUACAUCAAACCCCCGCUCGUUCUCACUCGUCACGAUCUCUUCCUUGGCUCCCCGAAAACCCCCAGCACCCCUCUCCCUGCUCCACCUCCAUGGGCAGCCUGUGCCUGUAGCCGGGAGAGAGGAGCCAAGCUGACGAGUACUCUGAAGAACAAGGAGCUGUCUCCAGUGAUUGGACAGAAGGGGCUCCAGGGAGCAGUGACCUCUAGUGGACAGUCACAGCUCUCUGACCACAGUCCGCACACCUUGAGGAGAGCAAAGAAGCUGGCUCCGAUCCCGCCUAAAGGCCCUUACUGCCCAACGGGAGCCAUGUCCGACCAGUCCACAGGUCAACCGUCUCCAGUCAGCCUGUCUCCUACUCCUCCCAGCACCCCCUCCCCAUAUGGCUUCAGCUACCCGCAGGGAUAUGCCACAAUCGGCUCCCCGGGUCAGUUGCAGACGGUCACCACCCCGUCUCUGUCCUCUCCGCCCUCGUUGGCUGGGACUCUCACCAAGGCCAGACCGACCCCCAAGCCGCCCCGGCAGAGACCCAACCUGCCUCCUCCUCAGCCUCCAUCCACACCUGGCACUAGUCCCCAGCCUCUGGAGCACUCAUCAGGGCUCCUGGACGGUCUUUCUCCUGGGGAAAGCAUGUCCACUGCGGUAUGAGGCGAGAGGUUCAGUGUGAUUCUGUGUGUGAGAGGGACUUUUAGGAUUCCCUCUGCAACUUGGACAUCCCCGUCAUUAACAUGGAACUGGACAGUAUUUUUGACUUGACCCACAUCUCCCCCUUCAGGAACUCAGUGGCACAGCUGGAGUCGGCCA